AUGGUAUAUAAGAAAUACAAGGAAGCAUCGACACAUCAAAGUACCCAACCAGUUCAACAUGUUCGCCAAGUGUUUUGCCGCCGUUCUCUUCUGCGCCAUGAUCAUGGGAUCCCAUCAACAAGUGGUUGUCCCAGCCUACUCUGCAGCCUACUACCCAUCAGCAUAUGCUUAUCCAUCCGUAUAUUCUCCAUAUGUAUCUGCCUAUCCAUCAGUCUGGGCUUGGGGAUCCAACAAGAACAAGGAUGAUGCUCCACGUGCAUUCUCUGGACAAUCUCUCAUUAACAAGCCAAUCGCUUGAAGUACCAAUUGUGAUACGAUAAUUUUUGUAAAUUUGAAAAGAAUUUGCUAUUGCGAGACAAUAAACCUUUUCUUGCC